GGGACCGGAAGUGGCUAAUUGGUGCCUUCCCUCCGUGGCCAUGGAGCCGGGGCCGCUCUCGGCUGCUUCUCCAGCGCUGGGGCCUUGGCUGGCGGAAAGGCCGGAGCCCCCGGACUCGGGCUGGGGGCGACUGAGCGAGCUCUUCCGCCGCGAUGAACUUAAUCGAUACCCUGAAGAAACUGUUAAUAUAGUGAAAGCAAGUUUUUCAGGAGGUAUUGUUGGUUUGAUCUAUGGAGGUAUACCUGGUUUUAUUUAUGCCAAGAAACGGUAUAUUGAACAGAGUGAAGGAGAAAUCUACCAUAAUCGCCUGGAUGCUGUGCAAUCUGCUCAUCGUGCUGCAAUCAGGGGCUUUAUCCGUUACGGCUGGCGUUGGAGCUGGAGAGUUGCUGCCUUUGUGGCAAUAUUUAACACAGUGAGUACUGGACUCAGUGCAUACCGUGAUAAAAAUGCCCUCAGCCACUUUGCCAUUGCAGGAGUUUGUACAGGAGGCUUGUUCAGAAUGCACUUGGGCUUGAGAGGUUUGGUCGGUGGAAGCAUUUUUGGAGCAUUGUUGGGUAUCCCUGCAGGAGGGUUACUGAUGGCAAUGCAAAAUCUUGCUGGCGAAACUUUGCUCGAGAGAAAAAAACGGAAGCAAAAGGAGCUAUAUGAACAGAAGCUGGCAGAAUGGGGGACCAGUCUUAAAAUCACUGAAAGCAUUUCAGAAGAAAGAGUUGAAGCCUUUCAAGAAGGAGCUGAGGAGAACAGUGCUAUAAAGAUGCAAGGAUUACAGAAUUUCCCCCAAAAUCCUGAGUCAUGAGUGGACAUCAACUGUCUUAGUGCUGGACACUGAAUUCCAAUCAAAUUCUGUCAAGGCAACUAGUACAAAGGUCUUUCUGGUGCUUUGGUGUCUAGAACACAAAAACCUUCAGGAGAUGAACUGCUCUGUUUAGUCAGAUAAAGUAACAGAAUUGGAAAUUCAUCUUAAGUGGAGAAGUACCUGCAUUUUUGCUGGACACAAAGAAGCUUUCAUGAAUGUGCAAAAUGAAAUAAAGUACACAGAAAGGUACAGAAUGUUCUUUGACAGGAUCAGCUGUAAAAAUGGAAGAGGUCAUCAGAAGUAUGUCUGUGGAUCAGUGAGGAAACUUCUGACAGAAAAAUACUAUAAAAAUAAUUAUUUGAAAUUUCAAAGCAGGGUGAAUAAAAUAAUGUAACUAAUAA